AUGUUGUCGGCGGGCCCAUCCACCGCUUCUAUUGCUUCUGCCGAAGGAUAUCUGAUCCAGCCUGAGGUUUACUUUGUCAUCCAACAACUACACAGGACUCUCGAAAAGAUCUUGGGCUACUUGUUUGACAUCAAAGAUCACUGGUCAGAUAAUUCCUCGAGAAGCGAGUCCUAUGGAUUGGAGGGGGCAGCCCAUUUGCUCUCUGGCGAGUGUGAGAAGCUCCAAACACUUCAGCAUGCUACUUACGGCAACCGCCACGGCCGGCUUGCCAUCUGGAAUUUGGUCUACACUCUGGUGAGCCGUUGCCAGAGCGAAGCUGCUAAUCCCUUGAAGGGAUAUCUUCAUCAACUACUCAACCGCGAUGAAGCACAGUCUAGCAGCGGCAGUCGGUUUCUCCAUCUAUUACAACAGUAUGAAAGCAUGAUCCGCACGCUGGAUAAUCACAGAGACCUUUUAUGUGUCCUGCGGAUUGCACUCGAACUCGCUAAAAGCACCCAUGAGAUAGAGAUGGCUCUCCAAGAGAACAAUUCACAAGACUCAGACGACACCCAACAUCACUUGCAAAAGGCUUAUGAAGCAUCAGGUCUUCUCAAGAGACACACGGACCAGCUUCGUUAUGGAAGCUUACAGAAAGCCCCCGAUGUCAAGCAAGUGAUUGAAACAACAGAAGAUGUACGCAAGGCCUGGCGUUUACUCUCGAGAAACGUACAUUUCACAGAACGAGCACCAGGAAAUAACCACUAUAUUGGGCAAAAGGACAAAUUAGAGGAGAUCAGGAAGGCUCUAGAGCCGGAGCAGCCUGAUGCUCCCGUGUCUGAGCAGAAGCGCUUCGUUAUCCAAGGCCUGCCUGGGUCGGGGAAGUCAGAGAUGGCUCUCAAGUUUGCUACUGAGUAUCGAGGGCAGUUUUGGGGUGUAUUUUGGGUCGAUGCCAGCAGCGAGACCAACGCAAAGGCAUCAUACCUCGAGAUGGCCAAAGUGUUUGGUGUGAACUCGACAGAGCAGGCAGCAAAACAACACUUGAGCACCCGACACCCGUGUCGUCCUUGGCUUCUGAUCAUCGACAAUGCCGAUGACGACAAGAUAUCGCUUGAUACACUUGCGCCAUCUGGGAAGAACGGCUAUAUUCUCGUCACCACACGAAAUCCGGAGAAGACUAUCUUUGGGACCGCUGGUCAAAAAUACCUGCAGCUGAGUUCCAUGCGGAAGGACGAUGCCAGCGAGCUGCUUCUCGUCGCCGCGGAUUACAAAAAGAAGAAUUAUGGUCAAGGAAUUUUGGAAGAGGUCGCGAACAUAUGCCAACAGCUGCAUUACCUUCCCCUGGCGCUUGUCCAUGCGGGAAAGGCUAUUCGUCAUCAUGCCUUGAAGAUGCGGGAGUAUAUGGGUUAUUUUAGGAAGGAAGCCAAUAUCAUCCGCGAACGAUGGAGGCAGCGCGGCAUACACCAAGAUCUCGAUCCUCAAAACAUUCCAUCAGGCUCCAAAAUCUUCGAUGACAACGACAAUAUGUCUGUUUUUGCCAGCUUUGAGCUCCUAACCUUUAGUCAACUUAAUAGGUCCAGUGACGAAAGCUUCACUGAUGCUAUCCAGCUUCUUCAAAUCUUUUCAUUCUUAGACCCCCAGAAUAUCAAGGUCGAGCUCCUCGUACAAGCGGCUCUGAACCCCCUUCGAGAAGUUACUGAAAGAAGCGAGGGCCAGAAGCAGGAGGCCGAGAUUCUGCAACGCCUUGGUCUCAAGAACCGCACUUCUUGGACUGAAGUCGUACAGCGAGCCAUCCAAGCCGCGUCUAGCCUUUCGAAUCUCCCACCUAUUUUACCAGAGGCUUUGAAGAACCCGCGAAAUCUGGACGUGGAUGACUUGAGAGACCAAGUCAAAUACCGAGUUGAUAAUGCUGUGCGCCUCCUAGCAUCCCGAUCACUUAUCAUGAGAGCGACAAGAGACAACAAAUCAACCAGGGACGGCGAGAUGACUUAUACCAGUGAUGAAAAUGAAGAGGAAAAUUCGGCUGUCGAAUACUAUAUGCAUCCUCUUGUGCACGAGUGGAUUCGUGAACGACCGAGCCUUUCAGUUGCUGAGCAAGCUCUAUUUUGCCAAUACGCUUUGAGCAUUCUUUCGAAUUCAGUCCGCAUAGUCGGCGGAAAUGAGGAUGCAGACACGGUUUUUCGGGUUGCCUUGAAGCCGCACAUCGAAAUGGCCUUGAGUCUUUCAAAUCCGAUCAAGGAACGAUUAGAGACGAAUUUGACCCGGGGGAAAAACGACUGGUGGUACAAAAGAUGGACACGAUGGGCGACACAGCUAUUUUCUGGGCCCUGGGAGACUCAGAUGCAGAUGAGCCAGAAUGCUAGAUUUGGCAAGGUGUUCCUGGAGAGUGGUGCCUUUAAAGAAGGAGAGGGCCGAUUGUCUAUCGUGCACAAUUAUCUCAUACAGCGUCUUGGACCUGAUCAUCAACUUACGAACCUCGCGAAAUUAGGGCUAGCUAAAGCAUUGCUCCUCCAGACACGACGGAAAGCAUCUACUGAAUUGUUGCGGCAAGUACAUUCUUCACGCCGCAAGACACUAGGGGACAAGCACCCCCAAACGUUAGAGAUUACGACGGAGCUUGCCGAAAGCGUACUUGCUUUGGGCCGCAUUUCGGAAUCCUUUGGUCUUUGUAAGCAGGCCCUCACUGGCCUCGAGCAAGCAUACGGAGUUUACCACCGAAAAACAAUUCACUGUGCCCAUCUUAUAGGGCAUGUUCAUUUCUUCUACAACGAUUUUGAGGCCUGUCUUACGCAACACCGCAAGGUCAUGCAGCUCGUCAAGCAGAACGCCAACGAGAAGCCGAGAGAUGGGGCUGUCUCUGAGUUAGAGACACUCGUGUAUCAGGAGCAUCUCGCAGGUGCUCUCAUGACUGUUUCUCGAAGUAAAUCAGAGCCACAGCGUGAGAGAUACUUGGCUGAAGCAGACCAGUUGUGCGACAAUGUUGUCAAACGGCGUGAACGCAUGUUUAGCCGGUCCCAUCCGUUGACCCUCUAUGGCCGAGCUCAACAGGGCCGGGUCCUAGCGGCUCGUUAUCACCAGAACCCAGAUAAACUGGCUGAGAUCGCGAAGAUGAUGUUCGAGACGCUUGAGAUCGCGCAGAAGAAUCUCGGAGAUAGUCAUCUCGGCGUCUUGGCCGGUCAAAAGUGGUACGCCGAGGUGCUGAUACAACAGGGACGCUUGGAUGAGGCGGAAGAUUACCUGCGCAAGGCUUGUGACAAAGAGAAAUACGCCGAUGCUAGCGAUAUGGAUGGUGAGCAUCCGGACAGGAUAUGGCACGUCUGGGAACUUGUGCAACUCCUCGAGCGCAAGGGAAACCUGAAAGAGGCACUGGAGCUGUGCCGAGAGCUUGAGGCAAACAUUCAGACUGUUGGUGGGCAUGGACUAGGCCCCAGCCAUCGAUUUAACAAACGGCUACUCCAAAGGAUCGAGGUGUUAGAGACGCAAAUAGGGGUAUGA